AGGUCAACUGACUCAUUCUGCCACUUGCUAAAAUCCUUAGCUCUCUUGUUGUCAUUACACCUCCCGCUGCAUUCUUAUAUAUGUAUAUAUACUCUGUCUAGAACAAGAAUUAAGGAUUCAAGAACCAUAAAAUUGCAUGACCAGUAGUGCAAACCUGAUGGAGAAGGGGAAGCCAUCGAAACUUAAAGGCAUGUUGCUCAAGUUUCUGCCAAAAGCGGCACCUGCAGUUACCUUCCAGAGCCCGCCGAUCAGUCCCAGAACUCCCGGGAAAGCGCUCUUGGUUCCUACUGCGUCAAUAAUCCCGAAGGAUGCUCGAAGAAGGCUGAAGAAUGGAAGCUUUGACGCCCGGGAACCUGGCUCGCCUCCAAAAUUUCAGCUCUUCAAGGCGGCAAAACGUGGCCAAAAAUCUGAUAUUGCUGACAAUAGUAAGCCUUUCGGUCUGGAGAAAGUGCCCUCCCUGGCCAAUGUGAGGAAAUUUGCAAGUGGACGCGGUGCACUGACCAACUUCGACUGGAGGGAUCACGGUGCAGCAGUAGUUCCAGAUUGUUCGGAUGAUGAAGAAAUAGAAGGGGUCAAGAAGAUCAUACCCCAUUCUGCACCCAUUGUGCUAGGCAGAAAUGAGAUGGUACUAGAGCCCAAGAAAGAGAUAAACUUGUGGAAGAGAAGAACCACAGCUGCUCCACCACCACUUCGGCUGUAA